AUGUCGAAUAAGAGGAAAAGAUCUCAAAGCAUUUCUCCUGAUAGAGAAUUCAAAAGUGCAAAUAUUGGUCAUGAAAGCAUAAAAAAACACUCUUUGGAUUCAGAUGAAGAAGAUUCAGAACAAGAAGAAAAAGGACAUUAUGAAAUACUAUAUGAUGAUGAUAUUGAAGGUCAAGAAGAUGGUAUAUCGGGAACUGAUGGUGAAAUCAAAAUCACUCCUUUUAAUAUGAAAGAGGAGUUAGAAGAAGGUCACUUUGACACGGAAGGAAAUUUCCAUUGGAACAAAGAUAAUUUAAUUAAAGAUAAUUGGCAAGAUAAUAUAGAUUGGAUGGAGGUUAAAGAAUUAGACAAAAAUAAUGAAAACAAAAAUCAUUUAGAUGAUAGUAUGGAUUCGGAGCCACAAUCUCCAUUUGAUCAAAUAGCAGUGUAUAAAAAGAUUUUAGAAUUUAUGGAACCUGGGGAAAACAUUGCCAAGACCCUAAGAAGGUUAGGAGGAAAUAAGUCAUUAUCUGCUUCUGAACGUCUGAAAAGAAAAAAAGCAGGUUUACUUAAUGAAAAAGAUGAAGGUUCGUCUAAAGUUACUGAACUAACAGAACUAGCCAAUAAACUGUUGACUCGAACUGGAAAUAUGGAUAUUUAUCAAGAAUCUUAUCAAUAUAUAAAAAAUUUGAUUGAAAGUAAAUCUGCUCCAAAAUAUGAUGAUGUACUUGACAUGUAUGCAGAUGAUUUCGAUGAAAAAGAAAAAGCGAGAAUAGAAAGCAAAGGAACUGAACCUAAUAAGUCGAAGGUUACAGAAUCAGAAGAAAGCAAAAUUUUAAUGUGGGAGUACAAAGUUGAAAAAGAUGGUGAUACAGUGAAGGGUCCUCACACUACAGAACAAAUGCAAAAAUAUGUCGAUGAUGGAUUUUUCAAAGGAGAAGUUUGGGUACGAAAAGUCGGAGUGGAGGGUCCAUUUUAUUCUUCCAGAAGAAUAGAUUUUCAAUUAUAUUUAUGA